AUGACAAUAUGGUUAAGAUUUAUACAAUCUGGUUUAAGAGGCUUUCAUACAACAUGCAUAUAUUCUUUUGAUUCUAGGACUAGGAUUUCAUUUAGAUCUUUCACCAAAAGAUGCAAUAAUCUUGUUAGCAAUUCUUUAAGAUUUAUUAGUAUUCAUAAUAGAUCAGGAAUUCUACAUAGAUAUUAUUCUAUAUCAUCAGUUGGUAAUAAGUUUACCAAUUCUUUAUUAGUUUCAAAUGAGGAUUAUAAUUGGAUUGAUUUUAAAGCAAAUCUUUUGAGAAUUCUAAACAAAAAUAAACUAAAAACUAAUUCCAAACUAAUAAAACUGUAUGAAACUAUCCAACUUCAAUAUCACUCAUGCUCCAAACAUGAAGCUGGUAAUAAUAAUACUAAUAUUAACAGAGAUUUAAAGACUAUUUAUUUAUCUAAUGCAAUUCAUCUUUGGUUCUAUCAAAAUUUAUCUAAGGAUCAAAUAUAUGAUCAUAUUAAUAACAUGAUUAAUUGGAACAUUAACUUGACUUCAUCUAUCUAUUCUAAAAGGCUAAUUCAUAAAUUAUUGCAAUCCUCUGAAUUAGACAUUCAAUUAGUCACAUUAGAAAAAUACUUAAUUGAUAAUUUUACACUAUCUGAUAGCAAUGAUAAUGUUAAUAAUAAUAAGGCUGAAACAACAAAUGAUCACUAUAAGUUAUGUCAAAAUGAUUUUAUUAAAAAAUUUAUAUCAAUCUACGAUUGGGAUACAAUGAUUCUAUUGACUAAUAAUGUCAUCAAAAGAGGUAACUGGAGAUUUGUACCAUACUAUUUAACAGCUUUAAUUGAAAAACUAAACCAACUACAAACUAAAAAUAACAACAAAAGUUUUUUAACUGAAAAUAAAAGAAGAUUGAACUUACAAAGGUCCUUCAUCAAAUUUCUUGUUGAAUUAAUGACUGUUUUAUCGAAUUUAAAUAAUUGGAAACUAGUUUUACCAAUAUUUAAAUUAAUUAUUGAAUCUGUGAAUAAUUUAACACUCUCAGUACCUUCCUCUUCUUCUUUAUCAACUACCUCUGUUUCUUUAGCUUCAACUACUAUUGGAAAUUUGGCAAUCCUAAAUAAACCUUUAUUACAGAUUCUAAAAUUAUUAAGAAUUAAUGGUCAAAAUGAUGAAAUUUUCCAAAUGAUAUCAUAUUUAAACAAUAAAUCGAUUAAAGUUGGAAAUGAUGGUUCUAAAACUUUGUUGAAUACAUUAUUUACAAGUUUUCAGUUCCAAAAAAGAUUGUUAUUGGAAUUAUUAACUACUCUGCGAGCAUUCCAUGACCCUAAAUUAAGUAUCCAAUUCUUAAUAGCCUCUGUGAGAUCACCUAACAUGGAACAAAUAUUAAAUGAUUUGGGGCUGAUUGGAUGGAUCUUUAAUGGAGAAGUAUCGACUUUGGCUCCACUUGAAUUAAAAAUAUUGACGAGUGAUUCGUUAAAUCAAUUUUUAAACACAAACCUUAAAUUUAAGAUUGAUGAUUUGGCUCCAGUACUCACUGAAUUGUAUCUAACAGUAUUAAAAAAGAAUAGUAUGAUAUUAUCAAAAGAGUGUAAUAAAGAUGUCCUCUUAAAACUAUAUCAUAAUUAUAUUAAUAAAUUGAAUUCUUCUAGAAAGAGUUAUUAUUUUUGGAAAAAUGAUUCUGGCGUAUUGAUACAAUUUUUAAAAAAUAUUAUCUUUGAGCUCAACGACCAUCAAUUAGCAUAUGAGAUACUUUUAGAUUUUUAUUCUCAAAAAUUAGCUAAAACAGUUAGAAUUGUUACUAGUAAAAAUAAAAAUAUAACUAAGACAAGUCAUCAUGAUGAUUUUUAUAAAAGGAUCCCACAAUCCUAUGUUAAUCAUAAUUGUCCAUCUACAUUAUUGAUUCAAUCAUCUUAUAAAUAUUUGUCAAUGAGCCAGAUUUCAAAAUUAUUAAAUAUCAUGCAAAUAAAUCGAACACCAUUGAAUUUCAACAUCUGUUGUUCAAUGGUUUUAAAAUUAAUUCAUUUAAAAAGAUAUUCUGACGCAAGAUUAUGGUAUGAAAAAAUAUAUUCAGGAAAUUUUAAUCUUAAUCAUUUCAUAUUGUUGUACUAUGUUAUUAGAUUUGAUUGGCCGAUACCUAAAAAUAUAAAUAAAUCGAUAAUUAUGGAAAUUAACAGUGUAAUUAAGGAAGGUUUACCCCCACAAAGACUUCCUUCGAGGGUUCAUGAUUUAAAUAUUAAUAAAAUUGUAAAUGAUCAUAAUAGUGAAAAAGUUGGCGAAAAUGAGGAUUCUAAUUUAGAUGAUAGUUUGGACUCGGAUAUUUUAUUUAUGGAUAGACAAGAAUCUGAUGAGGCUGUUUUCAAUGAGAUUUCAGCUUGUUUGAAUAAAUUAAAUGUGAAAUAUGAAUAA